UUUUCGUAUUCAAGGAAAGCUAAUCUCAAUUUUUGAAGUUUUGCUUAACAGACAACUCGUUUUGAGCAAAAGUUUCAUUUUCUAGUAAAAUGUGUGUUAAAACAGUAAUAAAGAUAUUUAGUUUAUGUUUAUUACUGGCUUCACAUUGUCUAUCACAUAAUGAGUCCACAACCAGUAUUAUUGCCACAGACGGUGUUGAAGUAGAAGAUGAAGUUCUCAUCACAACUGAAACUGUGGUCACAAUCACGGAGUCUGAAGUGGAGUUUAUUAACAAAUCGAUGAUUGAAACUACUAGUGAUGUUAAACCAAAUGAAGUUGAAUUCAAAGUUAAUACCAAUGAAGAUAAUCAUAAAGAAGUUGAAAACAGUGCUGAAGAUAGUGAAGAUAGUGAAGACAGUGAGGACACUGAAUACGACGAUACAGGAGAUGAUAGUGAAGACAAUAAUGUCGAACUUCUCGACAAAUUGCUUAUCAAAGGACCAACUGAUGAGGAAUUACCGCUAAACUCGACUCCCGAGAAAGUAUAUGAUUUUUUAUGGCAAUUAUUGUCCAAAGAGUUGGAUAAAGAGUUCAAGAAAGUGAUGCCAGCUCUCAAUGAAUACGGUUUUAUCUUAAGUGAACACAUUUCCCAAAAUUGUUUCAUUGGUUUGACCCGUUGGGCCAGUCGUCUACAAAAGUUUGAUAACAGAGCUGUCAAAUAUUUAGAUGCAUCAGGAAAAUUAGUAUCUAGUGGUCUAUUAGAGGGAACGUUAGCUGAUCUAGGUAACUUUGAUCAAUGCAUUGGAGGCUAUCUGGAGGAUACAGAAAGUGAAAAACAAUUAAACGGAAAGUAUUGUUUGGUACGCAUAACACCUCCAUUGCCCCCCUUAUCCCCUAAUCUGCGGUAUUCACACAAACUAUUCAACUUUACCGAUACAUCACUUGAUAAUCCGAAUAUACAGCACUUGACAUCCCUGGCCCAUAACUAUUACUCUAAUGUCUAUUCACUGGGUGUUUGCAUUGUAUCAGAUUGUGAGGCCAACGAUAUAAACAUGAUUUUAAAUCAUUCAUUGAGUAGAUAUCAAAUAAAGGCUGAAUUAGGCAGUGAUUGCUAUACGGGAGAGAAAAUAACUGUCAAAACAAUAUUUCAAAGACUUGACUUUUACUCAAUCAUUUCAAUUGCCAUUAUCAGCGGUAUGUGCGGCUUAGUUGGUUUGGCCACUGGCUGUGAACUGUUUUACAAUUUAUUUAAUGAUAAACCUAUUGAUAUUGAAAGCACUGGCGCACCGAUGAUAAUGUGUUUCUCAUUGAUUAGUAAUUUGAAAAAAUUAUAUUCAUUAAAGUGUAAACAAAAUGAUAAACAAUUGCAAUCAAUCAAUGGCUUAAAAGUGAUUGCAAUCGUUUGGAUAGUUAUGGCAAACGUCUAUUUGUUUGGAUAUCAGCCACAAAUCAGAGCACUUAUAAAGAGUAUGCAAACAGAGCUUAACAUUAGAGGCCAAAGUCUUCCCUAUCAACUGAUAUUAAACAGUUGGAACUCAUCGCAGAUAUUCUUCCUCAUCGGUGGUUUCCUAACCGCCUUCACGACGACAACAUAUUUAACAAAAACCAAUAGACGAUUAAAUUUUGCCAAAUAUAUUGGAAAACGUUUGGUACGACUAUUGCCACCCAUUAUCUUGCCGUUGACACUGGUUUUCCUAAUGCCUGUCCUACCAAACGGAGGACCAGUUUAUAAUUCAAGUACUGAACGACUCCGGGACGCUUGCGCUCACAAUUGGUGGCAAAGUUUACUAUUAAUAAGCAAUUUGUUACCCGAAAACAACUUUAAUAAUCUUUGUUUGCCGCACUUAUGGUUCAUAAGCGUCUACUUUCAGCUCAAUUUAAUUUCACUAAUAGUAUUGUUCAUCACUUAUAAUAAGCCAAAAUUGUUUCGUAUAAUAUGCACAUCGCUUAUCAUAAUUGGAGUUAUAUUUCCAAUAUUUAUGACUUUUUACAACAAACUAUCACUUAAGAGUUCAUUCAUUGAUAAACCAAUUAUUGGAGAUAUAGCAACUGAUUUAAGAUUGAAAAAUUAUUUGCCAUUUAAUCAUUUUUCUUCAUAUUUUAUUGGUGUAUCAAUUGGUGUAUAUCUGAGUACAAAACAAAAAAUUUAUACAUUAAGUCUAUUUGGUUUCAUUGAUAAUAACCUGUUUAUACAAUACAAUAUCAGAAAACGAGCCAUCGAUGACAUUAUAUGUAUCGGUUUGGGUAUAUUAGUGAUCACUUUGAUUGUAUCAAUAUUUGGUUAUCUGGUAUUUGAGGCGCCGUUUUUGAAUCUAUCGAAACGUAUUUUAACCGACAGUUCCGAUAAAAUCCUGUCGGACGCCAUCAAGAGGUCGGCAACGGCUGUCGACAAUCACAAUACAAUUAUUAUUAAAUUAGACGACAGAGAGAUCAAUGGCAACAAUAUUAUUGGCGAUAAAUUUGGUGCAAAUGACGAUUGUAUUAAUGCGCGUCAACUCCGGCUUUAUGGCGCGUCAAUUGCGGCUAUUAGGCGCGUCAACUCCGGCUUUAUGGCGCGUCAAUUGCGGCUAUUAGGCGCGUCAACUCCGGCUUUAUGGCGCGUCAACUCCGGCUUUAUGGCGCGUCAAUUGCGGCUAUUAGGCGCGUCAACUCCGGCUUUAUGGCGCGUCAAUUGCGGCUAUUAG